AUUGCGACUGUACGAGACUGACUGGCCAGCAACUGUGGAAGUCGAAGGCGGCGAGAUCGAGGUGAUACUGUUGAUGAGAGCAGAGCAGGGUAAGGUAAGAGAGGAGAGCGGUCACACAAGGUGGAGAGGCUUGGGGUACGAUGAGGCUAUUGCUAAAGCAAAGGUGGGAAGUUCGCAGAGCUAGAUCGUGGUCAGAAGGCUUGUUGGUGCCUAGUCCGAGACGGUCUAUCAAUGGUGCGCAAAACGUUUCGCUGAUGCGCAACGCGAUAUCACACCAACAUUGUGAGACAUUCGAACAGAUCCUCAUGCACCGCCAACGACCGUUGAGGCAGGCAACCGGUGACACCGUGCUGUUGCUGGCGCAACCACGCAUCGUGCGUGCCUGGGUGCAGCGCAAGCCGACGGCCAACGCGGGGUUGUUGACGCCUCAUCAAAUUCUGUUCGUUGACGAAAAUGACCGAUUCGUGGGCUAGCAAAGCUCCUGGCGAGGGGCGAGUUGAGCGUCGAGGAAGGAAAAGAGAGGGGCCGAGAAGUCACCUCCACUCUUCACCGGACUCUUCACCGGUGAGCAAGCAGGCAGG